CUUCCCGGACUAAAGUGUGGAAAGUCAGCGAGAAGAAAAGAACCGUGUUAUGCCUUUAAACAGUGGAGAAUUCUACUUUACUUUACUUUAAUGUGAUCAUCUGGAUUUUAACGUGAUCAUCUGGACUUUAAUGUGAUCACCUGAAGACUCGAUGGCAGGACUUUGAGACUCGCUCCACCCACGGCCUGACAAACAGAGCAGGUGCAGAGACACUGGAAUCAAAGAUGGCGUCCUCUGUCCUCCUGUCUCCUGGGAAGACUGCGGCGCUGCGGGUCGACCCGGCCAACGUCCCGACCCUGGAGGUCAAACUGGGAGCACUGGCGGUGCUGCUGUCCGUCACACUGCUGUUUGGGUUCGCCCCGCUCUGCAUCGUUCGGGGGUCGGGGCGCUGCAGCGUGGACCCAGAUCUGCGACGUCGACUGCUCAGUCUGAUCAGCUGUUUCGCUGGCGGAGUUUUCUUUGCCACUUGCCUGCUGGACCUGCUGCCGGACUACCUGCAGGCCAUCGACGAGGCCUUCAACAACGCAGGGAUCACACUCCAGUUCCCUCUGCCCGAGUUCAUCGUGGCCAUGGGCUUCUUCCUGGUCCUGGUCCUGGAGCAGAUCAUCCUGGCCUUCAAGGACCAGUCAUCGUCACAUGUGGAGGAGCGUCGGUCUCUGCUGGUGGACUCCAGUGUCCAGGCAAGCGACCGAAACCAUCACCACCGUCGAGGAUCCGAGGACAGUGAAGGUGGCCACUUCCACGUGGACUUCAGCUCUCAGUCGGCCCUCCGCGCCUUCAUCCUGGUCUUCUCGCUCUCUCUGCACUCCGUGUUCGAGGGGUUGGCGGUGGGGCUGCAGGAGGAGGGGAAAGAGGUUCUGGAGAUCUGCCUGGCGCUGAUAAUCCACAAGAGCAUCAUCUCCUUCAGUCUGGCCUUGAAGCUGUCCCAGAGCCGUCUGAGGCGGUCUGUGGUGGCCGGCUGUCUUCUGCUGUUCGCCGUCAUGUCUCCUCUGGGCAUCGGCCUGGGCAUCGGCCUCACAGACACCAGGGCGCACCCUCAGCACCAGCUGGCUCGCUCCACACUGGAGGGACUGGCCACAGGAACCUUCAUCUACAUCACCUUCAUGGAGAUCCUGCCUCACGAGCUCAGCUCGCCCAGGCACCGCAUACCCAAGGUGGCCAUGCUGCUGCUGGGCUUCGCUGUGGUGACCGCUGUGCUCUUCAUCAAACUGUAGCCAUGGCAACGCAGAGAAUCGGCAAGAGUUUGCGCAUUUGACGACAGUCUUGUCUCCCUGAUGCUACGUUUUUAUAGAAACAAGGCAACAAACCUCAGUCUGCUUCAUGAGGCCCGAGGUACAGAAACCAAAAUCCAGUUACAUUCACAAACACACUGUUCAAUUCAGCCAAAUACGAUGUUCAUUAUCAAUCCGAUACCAGAUUGCAUAUCAAAAACACGUACGUCAAAUAAAAGAGCGGAAAAGCCAAAUGGUAAGGUAAAAUUUGGUAAAAACACCCGAAUGAGUCACCCCAUGCUUUCAAGAGGUGUGACCAAUGGACAUAGAUCAAUAUGCUUCUCUACGCAAUUGGGAAAACCUGCAACCACUCAGAGCAAUGAGCCAGACGACGUAUGCACGUGGCAGUAAUGGUGUCUCAUGGCUUUUUACUGGUGAGCUUAAAAGUGGAAUCAGCCAUGUUGGACGUAUACAAAUGCUGCUAGUAAUCGCUUCUCUGUCGCCAUCCCGCUAAACCCGCCUCUAGUGCACCGCGUCAGUAGUUUGUGAUUGGUUCCACCCUUUUUUUCUUUUUUUUUUUCGUAAAUGAAAACGAGUCGUAAAUGCAUUUUCCGAUGUAAAUGGAACGCAGCAUUAGCAUGCUGCUAGUUGUGAGCAUGACGAUCACAAUUCAGAGACUUCCUAAUCUCCGCGAAAGAUUCUAAUUAUUUUAGCUGUCCUCGUAAGUCCAGCAAAUUUAUCGGCCUGGAUUUCGCAAAUUAUUAUUUCAAUUUUCUUUGGUCUCUGUUUUCUUCUAUUAAUUCCGGGUAUUAGCCGUGGGGGUGAGGCAGAGAACCCAGGUCUGUGUUAGUCCGACUUUGGGAAAUCGGAUUUAAUACAUUUUCAUUUUUACUAUUUUUAAAGUCCGAUUUCAGUCGUGAUGAGAUAUCAUUUGUUUGUUUCUUGACUGAAUGACUCAAAUAUAUACACUAACUGGAUCAAAAAGGUUUUUUUUGUGGAAAUGAAACCAAACUGUAACCAAAAAAAAACUGAAUUUGAUAGUUUCAGUUUCUAAAAAACUUCCAGCCUUAAAAUUCACACGUUUUUAUUUUUAAAGGGAAAAAGAAAUAUAUAUAUAUAUAUAUUUCAGCGACCUUUGAUUAAUUUAAUUUCAAUGAUGCCAAAGGAGUGCAGACAAUAUUCUUUAUGAAAUCAUCUUUUUUUGUGUGUGAUGACAUUAACGUGUGGUUUUUAAACCACUGAUAAAUGUGUAUUUUUGUAAUUCUGUCACCAAAGGACCAGAGAGCUGAAUGUGUGAGGUGUAAUAUUUGUUUUUGUGAAACAACAUGAAAGACAUGAAAGAAUUAAACAGAAAAUUGUUUUUAUAUUGCA